AUGUCGACCACACUCACCAUUUUGCCUGAUGAGGAGGCCAAGAAGGCCUCCAUCUCUCUAAACCCGACCCACACUGUCUCUGACAUUGACCCCCUCAUCUAUGGAGGCUUCACGGAGCACAUGGGUCGCUGUAUCUACGGCGGUAUUUAUGACCCUGAUAACAAGAACGGGCUUAGCGAUGAGCGCGGUUUCCGUAAGGAUGUGAUCGACUCCAUCAAGGAGCUGAAGGUGCCUGUGAUCAGAUAUCCCGGCGGCAACUUUGUUGCUACAUACCGGUGGCAGGAUGGCAUUGGCCCGCGAGACCAGCGACCCAAGCGACCUGAGCUGGCCUGGCUUGGUGUCGAGUCCAACCAGUUUGGUACCGAUGAGUUCAUGGAGUGGUGCCGCGAGGUCAACACGGAGCCGUUCCUUUGCCUCAACAUGGGUACUGGUACCCUGGAAGAUGCAUUGGCCUGGCUCGAGUACUGCAAUGGCGACAGAGACACGUACUAUGCCAACCUGAGGAGAAAGAAUGGCCACGAGAAGCCUUAUAACGUCAAAUACUGGGCAUUGGGCAAUGAGGUCUGGGGACCAUGGCAAGUGGAGCAAGACAGCAAGGAGUCAUAUGCCAAGAAGGCAAUCCAAUGGGCAAAGGCUCUGAAGCUUCUUGACCCUUCUAUACAGCUUGUUCUGUGCGGCCGCGACGGUGUUUCAGAUUGGGAUCGCUACGUGCUGCAACAAUGCUCCCGCUACGUCGACAUGCACUCCAUCCACUUCUACCACGGAGACUCCGACCAUUACCCCAACAUCUCGGGACCGUAUGCCGCCGAGCGCGCCAUCCAGAUCACCUCAUCACUCAUCGACCUGGCACGGUGCGAGCUCGACCUCUCGAACUUCCCUGACUGGAGCAACAUCCAUACCAGGCCGUCGACGAAGAAGCGGAUCAAGAUCUGCUUCGACGAGUGGAACGUGUGGGACGCGGUGCGCGCCCCCGGCGAGGAGGGCGCAGAGGAGCGGUACAACCUGUCGGACGCGCUGGCCGUCGCCAUCUGGCUCAACAUCUUCAUCCGGAACGCCAAGGACCUGGCCAUGGCCACCAUCGCCCAGAGCGUGAACGUCAUCAGCCCCCUGAUGACGAGCCCCACGGGCAUCUACAAGCAGACCACGUACUGGCCCCUGCUGCUCUUCAGCAGAUACAUGCACGGCAAGUCUGUGGCCGUCCACGUCAGGAGCGGCGCGUACAAGGGCAAGACGAACCCGGAGUGGAUCCAGAGCACGGUGGCCAUACCGAAGCUGGAUGUCAGCGCCGCCGUCGACGGCGAGUGGAUGAAUGUGGCCGUCGUAAACGUUGACGAAGAGCACAGCUUCGAGACCGAGCUGAGCGGCGUUGCGCCGGCGUCAGGCGACGUCCAGGUGUUCAAGGUCGGUGGUGAGAAGUACGACCUUAAGGAUGUCAACGGGGAGGGCAAGGAGGUGAUCCAGAUUGAUGAGAGCACGGUGAAGGGAGAAGAAGUUAAGAAGUUUGUGUUUGAGAGACACAGCUUCACCCUGCUGCGAUGGAAGGUAUAA